AUGGCAGCACCAGUAGAGACCAUGAACCCUAGCACUGAGGUUCUUGAGACUACAGUCACCUCAGUGUUCCAGCCAGGGAAGCUUGCCGUCGAGCUGAUUUCAGUGGAUCACAACACAAAUCCUACACCACCGAUCCCCGUCUUGAUUGCCGCUCCCAAGGAUUCAGGAACAUACCCAGUCGCCAUGCUCCUGCAUGGCUUCUGCCUCCAGAACCAUUUCUACGAACAAGUUCUCAAACGCAUUGCCUCUUUUGGCUUUAUCAUGGUUGCACCGCAGUUCCAUAUCAGCAUCCUGGGCAUGGCCAAAGGUGACACUGAGGACAUAUCCGCAGCAGCCCAAGUGACAGAUUGGCUCGCCAAAGGGCUACCAUCCGUCCUGCCCAAAGGCGUCGAGCCCAACCUUUCCAAGCUCGCUUUGGCCGGCCACAGCCGAGGUGGCCACACGGCAUUCUCUCUAGCCCUGGGGCAUGGCAAGACCAACCUCAAUUUCUCUGCCCUCAUCGAUGUGAACCACAAGGAGUUCUACAUCGAGUGCAAGCCACCUUGCUACUACUUUGUCACCAAGGACUAUGGGCAUCUGGACAUGCUAGACGACGAUGCUCCCAAGUUCAUGACCUGCAUGUGCAAGGACGGGAAAAACUGCAAGGACAUGAUGAGGAGGAGCGUUGCAGGGAUCAUGGUUGCAUUCUUGAAGGCCGUGCUCAGUGGAGAAGAUGGUGAUCUUAGUGUCAUAUUGAAAGAUCCUGGGCUCGCACCGACCACGCUGGACCCUGUUGAGCACCGUCUGGCAUGA